UAUAGCGACUGUAUCUGUUCUACAACAUACUUGACAUAUUGGUUGUGUUAAGCGAUUUUAUAGUAUAGUGAUUGUUCAAUGAAACUCAUUUUUGCCUUGAUGCAGGCAGUGGAGGCCCUGACUGUGGAGGAGUCCCCCCCCCCUCCUUGUAAAAGACCAAGUGUGGAGACCACAAACAUCAUGUCAGACCUGACAACUGCAGUGGAGUGGACAAGGCGCCAUAUGACGCGGUUCCAGGGACGUGUCUCCUUGCCCACAAUUAUUUAUAUGACAGAGGUGGAAAAAGAGGAUGCACUGCGCACGCUGAGAACCAGCGAUGACCUGGAGGCUAAAGACCCCUUCUUGUUCAUAUUCACACAACAAGAGGACAUGGAGGUGUUUCUCCAAGAUUGUGCGGAUCAACAGGACCUCGAAGUUCAUGCUAUGUUCGAUGGUGAACUGUAGUGCCUCUGUUACUCUUAAGUUCUAUUUUAAAAUGUUAUGCAUUUCUGUGCAUCAAUGUUUCUUGUUUUGAUGUACCUUUGUUUACUCUAUAAAAACUGCCAUAUGUUUUUGUGCCGUGUGUGGUGUGUGUGUAAUACGUUGUUUUUUUGAUAAAGCACAAUUUUUGUUAUUGUUUCGUCCUGAUUAAAUGUUCUUAUGAUAAAAAGUGAUUUGUGGUUUUGUUUAUGUAGAGCACAGUCUUAUUGAUUUACACUUUUACACACACAGUCCAGUAACAAUAUAGGCUAAAUCACAAUCUGGAGAAAAUCACAGAAAAGAUGGUAAGCACUGAGGCAAAGAUCUGAUUGUGGUGUCAAAUAUUUAGCUUUUCAUAAAAUAAAUAAAUACAGUUUUCGACGCACAGUCGGCAUCGAGAAUAUUUUUGUCUUUAAUACCACACACUGGAGUGGAGUUAACA